AUUAUAUAGUCCAAUUUUUUUAAAAUAUAAAUAUUUAUGAGAAAUUAGUUAAUUAAUGAAAUACAAACCAAAUGCUUAUUUUUAUUAAAAUCUAUAUUCUUACAUACAUAAAUAUAAGAAAAUAAGACACCAUAUUUUAAAUAUUUUAAUAAAAUAGUGUUGUAAAUUUAUUAUACUUUUGGUAAUUUAAAAGUAAUGAAAAUGAAUAAAUCAAAUCAUUAAUAUAGAUCCACGCGUAGAACGGACAUAAAACUUAGUUCUAAAAAAUAAAUGCUUGUAAUCACGCUUGUGUGAUAAUCUCUAGAUUUAUUAUUGUUAAUAGUAAUUUGAAGUUUCAAUAAUAAAUGUUAAAAGAAUAAUUGGAUUAACUGUAAAAUCUAAAUAUAUCUCAAAAUGCGCAAUUACAUUGGGUUUAGAAUUAAAAAAAUUAUAAUAUCAAUAUCUUUUAAUGAUUCUGAGAUAUUGCAAUAUAUUUAGCUUGUACAUAUGGGAGUAUGUGUUGUAAGGAUUAAAAAAUCAAGGUUUUUGCAGUAGCAUAACUAGAAUAAAUGAUUAGUUUAACCUAUAAAUUUUUUAAUUAGAAUAUGAUGGCUUAGAAAAUGCUUCCAUAUAAGUUUCUUAAAUUAGAUAAUUGAUUUUAAGAUCAUUAAUACUGUUAACAUUAUAAACAUUGAAGACAAGGAACAUUGUUUUGCCGAGAACUAUAUAUAUAUAGAUGUGUUGAGCUCUUAUCUCCUCAAACAUUUCAUUUUCUGAAAGAUUCUUAGUUAUAAAGUUCAAGUGUUACUAGUCUAGUAAAAUGGAUCCCGAUAUGAUGACAAAAAGGGUGUUAACAGACACCGAUCUUUCCACACAAGGUUGGUUGAUUUUACCAACACAGAAGAUCGAGAACAUAGAAAAGAACCUGGGAUUUACGUUACCCCGAAAUGGUGCUCAGGUGGAAAUUCUGGACAAUGACAAGUCCUAUUGGGUAAACCUUAAUAAAAACAAAGCUGGUUAUUAUAUCGGAGAAGGGUGGAAAAAAUUCAGAGAUGAAAGAGAUCUCAAAACAGGGGAUGUCAUCCAAUUAUAUUGGAAAGAUACAAAAUUCAUUUUCUCUAUGUGCCCAACGGAAGCAAGUCAGAAAGGAGAAAGCAGCUCCUCUUAAUUGAUCAAUGGGAGAAUAAUAAAUCAUACAUAAAAAUAAAUAAAUAAAUAAAUAAUGCAAAAUAAAUGUUGUUGGGUCAACUUAACAAAAGUUGUAUGAAAAAUAUAAUAAAUGUUACUAUCUGGUUUCAUAAACAGUGUUACUUAGACAUUUUUUACAUAUAUUAAAAAAUUUAUUAAAAUGCAUUUAUGUUCCAUUAAUGUCAUUUAUUUAACUAAUAGUAUUUUAGAUAAAUACAUUUAUUUAUAAGAUUAAUGCAUGUUAUAAUUAAUAUUGAGAUAUCCGUAAGUAUUCGUAAAUUUAUAAGAUUAUUUGUAUUAAUCAAAACUUUUGAGAUAUCCGUAAGUAUUCGUAAAUAUCCGCAAAUUAUUUUUCGGAUAUCCGUUUUUCCGAAUAUCCGUAUUUUUCCGAAGCAAAGCAAAUCGAAAAAUUAAAUAUCCGUGACAUACGAAUCAAAUCACAAAUACCUUCAAAAAACCUGGAUAUCCGAUCCGUGCCCAUGCCUAUAUAUACAGCAAGGGAAGAGAGACAAGAGGAAUCUAUUGGUGCUUAAAAUAUUCAAAUCAUUAAUAAAAUGUUUGUGUAAUGUGUCUUUUACCUGGUUACAAAAGGCAUCUCAUGUAAUAUAAAAGUAAUGGAUCAAGAUCUCCUUAUUAUCUGCUGUCUCUCUCUAACCAUCCUCACAGCUCAGUUCUCCAUUAAAAUCAUGUUCCUUAUUGCAUAUUUGCACGAGUGACAAUAAGACAUGUCGAUGAUGUGUCCGAACCAAAACGGUUGUUUAUGGAGUACAACAAUGAGCUGUAAGGAUUGUUGGAAAAUAAUAAUAACUCUCAUAAUUACAUGUACACAAGUACAAACCUCCGUAUUGCAAACCUCGGAUCUUGUCUCACUAAAUUAUGUGACAAACUUCGACACAUCCAUUUCUUGCGACACUUAGGUAUUCAUGUUCUUGAUUUUUAUGGAUGGAGAUAAUGUAGAUCAUAGACAAGAGGGUCGCUAAAAUUGUAGUUGUCUAUGUUCUAGUUUAAUGCAUAAUACAUAUACACUUAACCUUUGUUAGAGAGUAAGCAAAUCAGUUUCUAUGCAACCUCCAUUGCAAAACAUUAAAUCUUCACACAAAGUAGAAACUAGACUAAAAGACAAGAAUUUAAUUUCUCCAUUUUCACAAAAGCUAUCUUUGUUAGAGAGUAAGCAAAACUAUUUUUUAAGUUUCUUAUAUCAGAAUUUACACAUUAAUGCCUCAGUUAAUAAAAGAAAAAUGAUUGUUGACUACAUGAAGUAUUGACCAUCACAUGGCUAACCAUGCAAACUAAACAAAUUGAAGUAUAUAUUAUGUAUGGAAACAUCCAUCAACUUUAUGAUGUUAUGUAGUGAACAUCACGAGUUUAAUUUCAUUCAUCCAAAAAAAUAAUAAGUAUGUUAAAGACCGUUUAAAUCUCUCGUUUCAUCAAUUAAAAUGUGACAUAACUAACAGUAAUUUUACCUAAAUUAGAUUUUGACUCGUGUUUUAGAAGCGUAGAAAUUUAAUUUACAAUAUCUAAUUUACAAAAUCAAUAUGUUUUAUAAAUUUUGAUAAGUAGUGUUUUAACAUUUUUAUUUUAGUUUAUUUUAAAGCAAUAUAAUUAUAUUAUUUUU